UUUUCCUUUCUUCCUUUUUCUCUCUUUCUUCCUGUCUUUCUCCUUCCACCUCUCUUACUCCUCUUUCCUUUCUGUCUCUUUCCUUUGCAAUUAUUCUAACCUAUUUCACGACAAAGACUUAACCUAGCACAAACCAAGGAUAAAGACAAAACAGCUUCAGAGUUUUUUAAAUCCCAAAGAAUCCCAUGAGAUGGGCACCCAAAAGAGUGAAUUCAGACUGAAAGUACAAAGGAAUAAAAUUGUUUUAGUGUUUUUUUUCCUCCCCAGAAGGCCAGAAGGGCAUUGCAAAGAAUAAUUCUGGUGCUUCUUCUGUUUGAUCUUUCCUGCUCAGGGCAGAACACGUGAAAUUCUGGGGGUCCCAUCUGUGAACUGGCAUAACUGCAUCCUAAAAUACUUUGCACUUAUUCCCUGGAGAGGUACAAAUUUUGAAUGGAAAGCCUGACAUAACAUAAUUCAUUGGGCUUUGUAAGCUGCUACAGGACUUUAGGUCUCCACCUUACCAUGUCACAGGGUUGUUGUGAGGGCACCAUUGGUGGAAUAGGACUCAUGUGCCACUUUGUGAUUCUUAGACAAAAGAUGGGUCCAAUUGUCCUUGAAGGGACCCGCAUAUGAAACCAUUGCUAGGAGCCAAAGGUGACUUGAUGGUACAUAAUCAAUCAAUCCUCCUAGUCCCCCAUUUGUAAGUUUUUAAUGUGAGUUUUCUUUGCCUAGAUUGUUGAAAAUGAAAACUCAGCAUAGAGAAUAUUCCUAAAAAAGGGGGGGGGAUAUGCAUAUUUUGGUGCGUAGCAAAUCCUUGUUCAUGGGGGUUUUGUAUUUCUUUCAAUUCUAUCUCCCUUUAUUGCUUGGACUGAACACAGAAGGCCGUGCAAAAGUACAGAAACUAAAAUCUAUCCAAAUGUGAACCUCCGAAGACAAAUCUACUCUGAAGUCCUCCCCUUGAUUUUAACUGGAUGUAUGCUUUACUUGACUGCAGAGAGAAAAUGGAGGCUGAAUAUGCAGCAGAGAAAGGAACGGGAGAAGGCCUUCAAGCAGUACAAGCUGGGAUUGUUGGAGAGUUUUUGAAAAGAAAUGGCCAGGAGGUCCUGGAUAAGGAAGCCACCAGCUCAGAGAAACCACGCUGGUGUUUUAGAAACUUCCAUUAUCUGGAGGCCAAGGGGCCCCGAGAGGUUUGCAGCCAACUCCAUGAAUUUUGUCAAGAGUGGUUGAAGCCAGAAAAACAUACAAAGGCUGAGAUGUUGGACUUGGUGGUCCUGGAGCAGUUCCUGGCCAUCUUGCCCCCAGAGAUGGAGAGAUGGGUCCAACAGCGUACACCGGGGACCAGUUCCCAGGCAGUGGCUCUGGCAGAAGGCUUCCUCCUGAGCCAGACAGAGGUCAUGAAGAAGGAAGAGGAACAGGUGCAGGAUCCACUCACAGUGAUAGGGGCUGAUUUCUUCAAGUUGGAGAGGGAUUCUCCCAGUGCCUCUCAGAAACUGCUCUCUGUGAGGAUCAAAGAGGAGGAGCCAAUUCUGGACACACUCCAAGGGGUUGGAAUGCUGCUGGAUCAAGGGUCUCUUUUGGGGGGUGGAGAAGCCACUCCUGGCCCACCAGCUCAGGAAAGCACUGUGUGGUUCCCCAAGAAAGAAGAAGAGGAGGAGAUGCCCCUUGACUCCAGCCAGAGCGUUCUCCAUAUGGAAGUCAUGGAGGAGAAAUGUGGAAGUCCCCCCACUCAGGAACAAGGAUGGAAUGGUGAACCUUACAAUGGACGACGUUCAAAGAGAAACGAGCAUCAGAAGGCAGAAGAGUCCUGUAGAAACCAAGCAGGAUCAGUAAAGAAGGAGGGAAAUCCAGUGGAGGUCUUGAGAGAUCCCUUUUGCCUAGGGAGCAACCUCCCCGAAAUUCCAAUUCGACAUGAAAAGCCAAAGGGAGCGAGGACCCACAGUUGUCAAGUUUGUGGGAAGAGCUUCAACCGUAAAUCAGAUCUUAAUGUCCACUGGAGGAUCCACACAGGAGAGAAACCAUAUAAAUGCCAGGAGUGCGGAAAGACCUUCAGGCAGCUGGCAAGCCUCUCGUCCCACCAAAGAAUCCACACCGGAGAGAGACCGUAUCAGUGUUCAGAGUGCGGGAAGGGCUUUUAUGACAAAUCCAGCCUCGUCAUACACCAGAGGAUUCACACCGGGGAGAAACCGUAUCAGUGCUUGGAGUGCGGGAAGAGUUUCCACCAGAGUUUUGGUCUUACUUCCCAUCAAAGGAUCCACACCGGCGAGAAGCCAUAUGUCUGCACGGACUGCGGAAAGCGAUUCUAUGAUAAACCACACCUCGUCAGACACCAAAGAAUCCACACUGGGGAGAAACCGUACACGUGUCUCGAGUGUGGAAAGAGCUUCAGCCAAAUCACCAGCUUCUCAUCCCAUCAAAGGAUCCAUACAGGCGAGAGGCCAUUUAUCUGCUUAGAGUGCGGCAAGAGCUUUUAUGACAAAUCCAACCUGCUCACCCACCAGAGAAUUCACACGGGGGAGAAGCGGUAUAAAUGCCUGGAGUGUGGGAAGAGCUUCAGUCAGAAAAAGAGCCUCACAUGCCAUCACAGUAUCCACACCGGCGAGAAACCAUAUCGUUGUCCUGAAUGCGGCAAGAAUUUCCGGCAACACACAGACCUCACCUCGCACCAGAAGAUUCACACCGGGGAGAGGCCAUACCAGUGCCCUGAGUGUGGAAAGAGGUUUUAUAGAAAAGCAGACCUGAACAGACAUCAGAGAAUUCACACCGGGGUAGAAAGGCCGAUUAUUGCCUGGAGCGUGGAGAUGGCCUCGGACGGAGUAUCACUGUUACGUCCGCUUGGAGAACUCACGCGAGAAAACCAGCCCAUCACUUCGGAGAUUAAACAAGAAGUUUAUUCCGCCUCUUCCCACGUCCUGCGCUAUUUCUUCACUGGCAUGUCAGAACAAGACCAAGGCCUGCCCCAGUUUGUCAUUGUGGGCUACUUGGAUGACCAGCAGUUUGUCCACUACGACAGCAGUUCCCGGAGGGACCUGCCGCGCGGCUCCUGGAUUCAGAAGUUGGAGGAAGAUGAUGCCCAAUAUUGGGAGUGGCAAACUCAGCUCUCCCGCAGCUGGGAACUCUACUUCCAACUGAGCCUCUGGAACCGCUUCAACCACACCCCGGGCUUUCACACCUGGCAGUGGAUGCACGGGUGUGAGCUGCGCCAAGAUGGACAUAAGGAUGGCAGUUCCCAGUUUGGCUAUGAUGGAACAGACUUUCUCAGCCUGGAUAAAGAGACCCUCACUUGGACGGCAGCCGACUGGCGGGCCCAGGUGACCAAGAGGAGGUGGGAGGCCGACCUGGUCUGGACCCAGGGGCGAAAAAAUUUCCUGGAAGGAGACUGCAUUGAGUGGCUACAGAAAUACCUGAAUUAUGGCAAGGAGACCCUACUCAGAAAAGAGCCCCCGGUGGUAAAGGUCACCCAGAAAGGGAGCUACAACAGGCUUGAGACCCUCAUCUGUCGGCUCCAUGGCUUCUACCCCAAAGAAAUUGAUGUCACUUGGAGGAAGGGUGAGGAAAUCUUGGAGCAGGAGACCCUCCGGGGUGGGACCACCCCCAACUCAGACGGGACCUACCACACCUGGAUCAGUAUCGAGAUUGACCCCAAGGACAGGGAGCAUUAUAAAUGUCAUGUGGAGCAUGAUGGCCUUCUGGACCCACAGGAUUUCACCUGGGAGAAGCCUGCUGCAGUAGGGGCCAUCGUGGGCGGUGUCCUAGGUGCUCUAGCUGCUGCUGUCUUGAUGAAAGAUGCCGGAAGGGCUACCAAGCUGCAUCAAGGAACAGCCAAGAAUCUGCUUCUUCUGGCAAUGUUCUGUGGUUCUGACAAUCCCCUGGGGUUGUUCACUGAUGCUGGAUUAAAUUUUCUUCACUUGCACUUUGGCUUCAGCAGCGUGAGGACCACCACGAAGGACCUAAAAAUGCCGCUUGAGUUCCCCAUCGAAGCCGCCAGGGGGCCCCCUCGGCAAGCCUGGCAGGCUUCGAGCUUCGGGCGAGCAAGGAGCAUGCGCCGAUCCUUUUGCCCGGAGAGGAGGCGUUGCAUUCUGGGAAUGUGGGGAGAGGGCGGGGCUGGCCUCUCCAGGGCUCCGCGGUCGUUGCGGCUCGCGAAGGGGCUGCGGGAAAUUCUUGCGGGGAGGGGAUCUGUCUGGAUACAUUGGCCCCAUUUGGAGAACAGACAGAAAAUGGAGGCACAAUAUGCAGCAGGUGAGGGAGCUGGAAAAGGAAGCUGUGAGAAGAUCUGGGCAGGAACUGGGCAGAAGAUCCUGGAGGAGAAAACUAUGAGUUCAGAAGUCCAGCACUGGCUCUUCAGAAAUGUCCACUACCAGGAGGCCAAGGGGCCACGAGAGCUUUGCAGCCAUCUCCACCACCUUUGCCAUCAGUGGUUGCAGCCAGAAAGACGCACAAAGGCCCAGAUGUUGGACCUAGUGAUCCUAGAGCAGUUCCUGGCUGUCCUGCCCACAGAAAUGGAGAGGUGGGUCCGGGAGUGCGGCGCAGAGACCAGCUCCCAGGCGGUGGCCCUGGCUGAAGGCUUCCUCCUGAGCCAGGCAGAAGAGAAGAGGCAGGAAGAGCUGCAGGUCCAAGGAUCCUUCCUGCAGAUGGUCCCAGAAUUUCCUGAGAGAAGGAGGGAUCCUUCAAAUCCCUCUCAAGAGCUUGGGACCUCCCAAGAUGAUCAAAAUUCUGGCAUCUUACUAGGGAAUGGAACAAUAUCACUGGUAAUUUUAGGAUCACCUCCCUUUCCUGGUGAAAUCAGAAGACUAGCAGAAACUCCAACUCAGGAGUGUCCUACUGCUCAACACAACAUAACCAAAGGUCUCGUGUCCUUCGAGGAGGUGGCCGUGUAUUUCUCAAAGGAGGAGUGGUCUCAGCUGGAGCCUCACCAGAAAGCCCUGCAUGGGGAGGUCAUGCUGGAGAAUUCUCAGAAUGUGGCCUCUCUGGGAAGUGAUGGCCAGGACCAGGUGAUCCAGAAUAAAGAAGGGAAAGAGGAGUUUAGAAAUCAGACAGAAUUAAGAAUUCCUGAGAGGAACAAGUCAGUACAUGGGAGUAAGAAAUCAACUUCCCAGUGUGUGCAGAAUCAAGAUUUUCUUGCCCACCAAAAUCACAAAGGAAAAAUAAGGACAAAGGAUUUAGGGAAAGGUGUGAAAAUACUAAAAGACAAUUUAAAUUUAGAUAUGCAUUGUGGAUCCAACUCCAAAGGAAACCAAGAUCAGUGCAGGGAGAAUGAAAAAAGUUUGAACUGGAGAGUCAAAAUGGGAGAGAAGCCAUAUAAAUGCAUGGAAUGUGGAAAAAGUUUCAGCAAGAGCAGUUCCCUUACUUGUCAUAAAAGGAUCCACACAGGGGAGAAACCAUAUAAAUGCAUGGAGUGCGGGAAGAGCUUCAGCAAGAGCAAUCAUCUUCUUUCUCAUAAAAGGAUUCACACAGGGGAAAAGCCAUAUAAAUGUACAGAGUGCGGAAAGAGCUUCAGGUGGAGCAGUCAGCUUACUUCCCAUAAAAGGAUCCAUUCUGGUGUGAUACCCUAUAAAUGCACCGAGUGUGGAAAGAGCUUCCGUGAAAACGGAUCCCUUACUUCACAUAAGAGAAUCCACACAGGGGAGAAGCCAUAUAAAUGCAUAGAAUGUGGGAAAAUAUUCCGGAAAAGCAGUUCUCUUACUUCCCACCAAAGGAUUCACACAGGAGAAAAACCCUAUAAAUGUAUGGAAUGUGGAAAGAGCUUUAGUCAAAGCAGUAACCUUAUUUCACAUAAAAGGAGCCACUCAGGGGAAAAGCCCUAUAAAUGUAUGGAAUGUGGGAAGAGUUUCAUGUGGAACAGUCAGCUUACAUCUCAUAAAAGCAUCCAUACAGGGGAAAAACCAUAUAAAUGUGUGGAUUGUGGGAAGAGCUUCAGCAACAGCAGUCACCUGACUUCUCACAAAAGGAUCCACUCAGGAGAAAAACCAUAUAAAUGUCUAGAGUGUGGAAAAUGCUUCCGUGAAAAUGGGUCUCUGACUUCCCAUAAAAGGAUUCAUAUAGAAGAAAAACCAUGUAAGUGUAUGGAAUGUGGGAAAAUAUUUCAAAGGAAGAGUUCCUUUAUUUCCCACAAAUGUAUCCGUACAGAAGAGAAACCAUAUAAAUGCGUAGACUGUGGGAAAAUAUUCCGAAAAAGCAGUUUCCUUAUUUCCCAUAAAAGAAUCCACACGGGGGAGAAACCAUUCAAAUGCCUGGAAUGUGGAAAGACCUUCCGUGAAAAUGGGUCUCUGACUUCCCAUAAAAGGAUUCACUCAGGCGAGAAACCAUAUAAAUGCAUGGAGUGUGGAAAGACCUUCUGGAGGAGCAGUUCUCUUUCUUCACACAGAAGAAUCCACACAGGGGAAAAACCAUACAAAUGCACGGAGUGUGGAAAAAGCUUCCGUGAAAAUGGGUCCCUUACUUCCCAUAAAAGGAUCCACACAGGGGAGAAACCUUAUAAAUGCACAGAGUGUGGAAAGAGAUUCAAUACAAGCAGUAACCUUUCUUCCCAUAGAAAGAUCCACUCUAAGGAGAAACAGUAUAAAUGCAUGGAGUGUGGAAAAAGCUUUACUCAGAGUGCUUGCCUUAUUUCUCACAAAAGGAUCCACAGAGGGCAGAAACCGUAUAAAUGUAUGGAGUGUGGAAAGAGCUUCAGGUGGAGCAGUCACCUUACUUCCCAUAAAAGGAUCCACACAGGGGAGAAGCCAUAUAAGUGCAGGGAAUGUGGGAAAAUAUUCCGGAUAAGCAGUUCCCUAACUUCUCAUAAAAGGAUCCAUACUGGGGAGAAACCAUAUAAAUGCAGGGAAUGUGGAAAGAGCUUCCGUGAAAAUGGGUCCCUAACUGUUCAUAAAAGGAUCCACACAGGGGAGAAACCAUAUAAAUGUACAGAGUGUGGGAAGAGCUUCCGAAAGAGCAGUAACCUUACGUCCCAUGCAAGGAUCCACUCAGGGGAUACACAAGAAAAUGAACGUGAUCAGGAGGCUGUUGUGCUGACAUCAUAAACACUCAAGAAUGAACGGAGAAACGAGACAUUUGCAAAUCAGUGGGGACCCUAAAAUAAAAUUAGGAAAACCUUCAAGAAUGUAGGAGAAAUCCUUCAGGGUCUUUUUUUAACAUACUACAGUCCUGGAGUCCUGACUGAACAGGAUUAGAAAGGAGAAGCGCAAUUGCAUCAUUAGUGCAUCAUUAUGGUGUUCCUAGUGUUGCUAUAUAGUUAUCAUACACACUGUAUAUUGAUUUGGAGUUUUUUGUUCCAAUAUUUAGAUUGUGUCUCUUACACAAUAUAUUUGUCUGAAAUAGUGAAUGGAUAUGUAUGAAAGAUGGAGUGCAUGAGACCGAUUCAGAGCAGGCCAUAAAUUAGAAGGGGUUGUUUGAAAGAUUUCAGGUUAUGCAGUUUGUGGGGAAUUAUCCGAAUGAAGACAUCUGAGAAGACAUGAUGAAAAAUGGCUUGGGAAACAAGAGAUGGAUCAUACGUGAACUAGGUGAGAUGAUAGCACUUAAGUGGAGAAGUACCAGGAGGUGUGAAAAUAGGACCAUGCUGGGGACUGGCCCAGCUUUAUUGGAGAAUAUAAAAAUGGAUGAGAGUUGUAGUACUUGGAGCCAUAAUAUAGAACAGGGUAUCAAAUGAGGAACUAAGCAUGGUGGGCAUCUGGUCUCGAUUCUUCUGCACUUCAACUCUUAGCCUUAAGAGUCACUUGGAUUGAGAUGGGUGACUAUAGAAACUGCAUAAAUUAAAUAAACAAACAAACAAAAGCUUGUUAGAAAUUCCUGGCUGUUGAGGACUGACUUUUGAUCCACUUUCUGAUGAUCAUGGCUAUGUUUGCUUACCAUGACCUUGGUCUCUCAGUGAAAUGAUACCUGUGUAAUCUUCUGGAGACCUUCCUACUAACUGUAGACAUGUAUGAAUUAUAUUAUGAAAGAUGGGAACAGGAAUUGCUUUUUGCAGAACAGCCACAUUCCUCUUUAUAAAAGGGGAAAAAAUUGGUGGGGGAAAUUUUGUGUAAGCAGCUGUUCCAAAUGUGGAAGAGGUACUGUACUGUAAUUUCAAUUAGCAGAUUUUCUAAACUGAUUGUUGAAGAAAUAUCUGAACAAGUUUUCUUUUUUAUACAUAUUGGAAUAAUAGAGACCGGAUGUCACUGAGUCACAGUAAUAAUUCAGAAUAUGCAAGGGUAUGAGUUUCAGGUUACGUUCUGACUCCCUUGUUUAUCUUGGUGUAAGGAAUCCAUCUCAGCUAGUAAAUUUAAACUUAUUUCCUGUUUUGAUGCAAAUGAAAGAACAUCUAGACAGAUGGCAUAAAAUUCUUUGGUGUGUUUGGGUUAAAAUAAAUACGAUUCAGAUAAAUUUAACUCUAAAGCUGACUUACAUGUUGGCGGUCUUCCCAUAUUUAUUCCAAAUUUGCAGGAUUUGUUGAAAUCGAAACAAAUGAGAAUGGGAAAGUUGAGAAGCCUAGAGAAGAGAAGCAGAGUAUGGAGUGGUGGAAGGAAGGAAGGUUUGCAAGAAUCGAAUGAUAGGAAGCCUGGAGAGGGAUACCAAGUACUGUUGGUGUAAACUAGAUUAGCUAGAUUUCCUUUUCUUGCCUCAUUACGUAAUUUCUUUUGAGAUACUAUUGAGAUACCCUUCCUUUUCGGUGCUUUGCAUCAUAUUCUUUGCCCUAAGAGGAAAUGUCAUCUGUAGGAAUGUAUGUAUGUAUUUUUAGUGGAUCACAAUACGUAACACAAGAGGGCUGCAGUCCUUCUCAGAACAUGUUCUAAAAUUGUGCACCAUUGGAUAUAUAUUGGAUGAAUUGUUUGGGGUUAUGUAAAAGGGUUUGCCUCCAUCUUCUCCAGGGAGCCUGUGAAGGAGUCAUCCUAAUGUGCAUUGUCUUUAUGUCUUUUGUCUAUAAUUAUUUUGUAGCAGGGAAUGCCAGUAUCAUUAUAGUUUGACCAUACGACCUUAUCAUAACUUAUAUUAUUAAAGCAUUUAAUAAAAGUGAUCUGU